UGACAAUAAUAUAAUGACAGCGACAACGGGGUUGGGUCGAUGAUGGGGUUUGCGGCGUUUGGGUCGAGCAAAAAGAGGUAGCGUCUGGUGUUUUAUUAAUGCGAAUUGAGUUUUCAGAUGUACGUCACGUGCGUGCCCAUUUUGAAUGUGCUCCACAGGCGGCGGGCGACGGCGUUGAGCAGCGGCGGCAGCCGGAAGCGCUGCGCGACCAGGCGCAGCACGGCGGCGACCACAGCCAGCGUGAGCACCGUCAGCCCCCAGCGCGACAUGAGCGGCGGACGAUCCGCCAUGCGGCAGCGGCAGCGCUCUGCGGCGGCGGCCUGCGGGCCAGGGGCAUGCGUGUCGCAGCGGGCCUCGUCGGCAUCAAAGCGGCCCUUGUGGGGCGGCGGCCGAGACGCAUGUGCGAAGACCGACUGCGUCUGAAGAAGGAUCUAUUUUCUUUCUGCUGGCCGUCUGGGGGCCGUGCGGUCUUCGCCGGCUUGGGCGGCCGCGUCUUCUGGCGCCUCCUGGGCGGCGCGCGCAGCGAGUCCAGGCGGCGCGCGCACUCGUCCUUGGCGGCAGCCGGCACGAUGGCCGACGCGGCCAGGAAGGCGUGUGCGGCCGCAAAGUCGCCCAGCUGCGGCAGCACGUGCAGCGUGUACAGCUCGCACACGCGCAUGUACGAUGCCAGCGGCAUGGCGUGCUCGGGCCGGGCGCCAGCAGCAGCGCCUGUGCGUCGGGCGGCAGCGUCGCCAGCCACGCCUCGACGAACUCGCGCGCGGCCGGAGCGUCGCGCAGCUUGAGGCAGAGCAGCACGGUGGGCACCAGCACCUCGCUGUCCACACAGCCGGGCGCCCGCCAAAGGCCUGCACGAUGCGCGCCCACACGAUGCGCACCGACGCUGGGAAGGCGGCCAGCGCCAUGUUGUGUU